UUUUGUUAAAAUUUUUACUACGUGCGUUAGUGAGAUUUUUAGCAAUGCCUCUAAAGAAUCCCAUAUGUUAAAAAAAUAAGCCUAUAUUUUUGGGGAAAUAAAGUUAGCGAUAAAUAUAAUAUUUAAAUGAAUACUCAUAACUUUAUACAUGGUUAUUUUAUACAUACAAUUAUUAGUGUUAAUUUUUUUUGGACCGUUUUUAUCUUUUUUGUGUUCAAAAGGAUAUUUAUUUGUAAACCAUUAUAAAUGCGGAAGUACCCCAUACACUCUCUUCCUUAACUCUUCUUUAACUUUGCUGAAUUUCACAGAUUCAAGAAAAUAUCUCAAAUCCAUCAGUCUCCAACAAGAAUCAAACAAAACCAUCACUUUCAUUUCCCAAGGGAGAUCAUAAGUCUAAGAAUCCUCAGGCAAAUGUCUCGACCGAGAAGCUCGCCGCAGUUUCAGUACCUACCGAAAAAGGAAAGGUUCGGAGACGACGGAGGCGCGUCGAGGAACACGCUCUCGUCGAGACAGAAACAGGGGAAGUACGGUUUCACGAGGAAAUGUGGGAGAUUGGUGAAGGAACAAAGAGCUCGCUUCUACAUCAUGAGGAGAUGCGUCGUUAUGCUUAUUUGCUGGACUGAUCAUAAUAAUAACAACUCCGAGGACUCCUAAAUCAACAUCAAAACCCUACCUCGCUCUUCUUCUUCUUGCCUCUGUUUUAAACUAUAAGAGUAGAUUAGAUACAAAUGUACAUAUAGGCAGGAUUCUACUUUCUGGUUGGAAUUUAGAUUUCAAUGUUUGUGUUUGCUUUUCGUAAUUUAUUUCAGUGUAUGCACUUGAACAAUAGAGGAUAUAAAGCAAUUAGUAUAAAACGGUGAAUUAGAUUCGUU